GCCCAUCAAAUUUUUUUGAGGUAUAUAGUGGGCUGAUCCACGAUAUACCCCUUUUGGUAUAUUAAUUUUUUGUCAUCCCCUUUUGGUAAAUACUGUGUCUUUUUAUACCCUUUAGGCUCCGGACUCAUGGUUCAUGUGUGUUUUCAUAAAUAGUUGCUGAUAGUGCCGAUAGGAAACACAAACACCUGAUAAUUCAGGAGGAAACUCGCAAAAACGUGAUACUUUGAGUAUGUUUUUGACCAAUAUCUCAAUAUAAGUGUAUGGGGAAAUGCAUUUUUCAGUGUCGAUGAGGUAGUAUUUACCUUAUUCUAAAUUAGUUCUAACUGUUCAAUUAAAACUCCACAUAAGUCAUUUCAUAAUUUUGUUAGAACGAAGAGGAAUUUAAUUCAAAAAUUAACGUCAAGGACAAUUGAGGUUUAAUAGGCAGAAAGCAUGACAUUUUAAACACAAAAAAUAAGAUCAAUUGUGGUCUAAUAGGUGGAGAGGAUAAACAAUAUUGUUAGCAACACUUCUUACCUUUUUUUUUUCUUUUCGAGACCCAAAUCUAAAGCGAUUGACCAUGAGAAAUUUUCAUUUUUUUUGAAUUUUUUUUCACUUUAUUUGAAAAUCGGUGUUUGUAAUGAAAAUUCACUUAGAAUCUUGUUGUCACUUUUUUCUUUUAUACUUUCAGUACGUUCAAACUAUCAAAUAUUCUUUACAAAACUAUAAUCAAACACAACGGCAUCUUCAACUCCAACUUUAAAAUUUCAAAUAAAGUAGGGUAAAAGCUCAAAUAUGACACCGAACUAUCCGAAAUGCCUCAUUCAUGCUACUCAUUAAUAGUUGGGUAUAUUAUGCUAUCGUUGUGACCAAAAUGACUCAUUCAUGCCCGUUACCAUUAACAACUUAUUUUUUAUAUUUCCUAGUAUUUUAAAACAACCAUUUGAGCUGUUAACAGUAAGUGGCAUGAAUGAGUCAUUUAAGUCACAACAUCGCAUAAAUAGACACAACUAUUAAUGAGUGACAUAAAAGAGACAUUUUAUAUAAUUCUAUAGCAUAUUUAAGUUUUUUUCCCAAUAAAGUAAAAUGGACAGUGCACUAAGCUGUCACUCCCGGUCACGUGGGCAGCAACUUAAACAAAUAAAGUGAUAAAUAUUAAGAUUUCAUGGCCAAACGCCUAAUAGUGGCGCCAACACAGAUUCUUCAAAUAAAAAGGGUUCCAUUCAAUCACAAAAAAAAUAUAAACAUAAAGAAGUAGGAAUGAGCUCAAUUCUUUACCACCAACGUCUUCUCUCUUCUUGCAAAGACCUCACUUCUCUUUUCCAAAUUCAUGCUCAUAUAAUCACUUCUGGCUUUACUUUCAACAUUUCCACAACAACCCUUCUCAUAAAUUUAUACUCUUCCUUCAAAAAAUGCAAUCUUUCUCGUAUCCUUUUCGAUUUUACACCAAACCCACCUGUCAUUUUAUGGAAUUCAAUGAUCAGAGCAUAUGUAAGAACAAAUCAGCAUCAAGAAGCUUUAUAUAUGUACACUUCAAUAUUAGAACAUAAGUCUAUUAAACCGGAUAAGUAUACCUUCACUUUUGUUUUAAAAGCUUGUACUGGAAUGAAUGAUUUUGAAAAUGGUAUCAAGAUUCAUGAAGAGAUAGUGAAAAGAGAUCUUGAAAAUGAUGUCUUUAUUGGGACUGGGCUUAUUGAUAUGUAUAGCAAAAUGGGUGAUUUGGAUAGUGCAAGGAAGGUGUUUGAUAAAAUGCCUAAAAGAGAUGUUGUAGCUUGGAAUGCAAUGAUUUCUGGGGUUGCACAGAGUGUAGACCCAGUUAAGGCUGUUGACCUUUUUAAGGAAAUGCAAUUUGUUUGUCAAAUUAGUCCUAAUACGGUGACGUUAUUGAAUUUGCUUCCUGGGGUUUGUAAAUUAAUGGAUAUGAGGGCAGGCAGGUGUAUACAUGGUUAUGUAUAUAGGAGAGUGUUUCCGGUUUCUGUUUAUAAUGCUUUGAUUGAUACAUACUCAAAAUGUAAUUAUCCCGAUGUUGCUCACCGAGUUUUUAAUGAGUUAAGGGGAAAAGAUGAUGUUUCAUGGGGUACAAUGAUGGCAGGUUAUGCAUAUAAUGGGAAUUUUCGUGAAGUUUUGGAAUUGUUUGAUUGCAUGAAGAGGACGGGCUUGAAAAUGAGCAAAGUAUCAGCUGUAAGUGCAUUGCUCGGGGCUGGUGAAAUGGGUGAUUUAGAGAGAGGGAUUGAAAUUCAUGAAUGUGCAAUUCAAGAAAUGAUUGAUUCUGAUGUUAUGAUUGCUACUUCAUUAAUGACAAUGUAUGCAAAGUGUGGAGUAUUGGACAAAGCUAGAGAUCUGUUUUGGGGGAUUAAGCGAAGAGAUUUGGUUGCUUGGUCUGCAGCAAUAGCUGCUUUCUCACAAUCAGGAUAUCCUCAAGAGGCGAUCUCUCUGUUUCGAGAUAUGCAGAAUGAGUAUUCACAGCCAAAUAAUGUUACUCUGGUGAGCGUAAUCCCAGCCUGUGCAGAGCUAAGGGCAGUGAGAUUAGGAAAGAGUGUCCAUUGUCAUGCCAUCAAAGCCAAUAUCGAUUCUGAUAUUUCAACAGGAACUGCCUUGGUUUCCAUGUAUGCUAAGUGCAACCUGUUUAGUUCUGCACUUAAUAUGUUCAAUAAGAUGCCAUUAACUGAGGCAGUGACAUGGAAUGCUCUGAUAAAUGGGUAUGCCCAGGUUGGUGACUGCUGUAAUGCAUUAGAAAUGUUUUGCCAAUUGAGGUUAGCUGGAUUAUACCCAGACCCAGGGACAAUGGUUGGUGUGCUUCCAGCUUGUGCCUCCCUGGGUGAUGUACACUUGGGCAUGUGCCUUCAUUGUCAAAUUAUCAGAUACGGGUUUGAGUCGGACUGUCAUGUGAAGAACGCUCUAAUUGACCUGUAUGCCAAAUGUGGAAGAUUAUCUUUGGCUGAGUUCAUGUUCAAAAUAACUGAGUUCUCUAAGGAUGAGGUGUCCUGGAACACAAUGAUUGCAGGAUAUAUGCAUAAUGGACUCGCCAAGGAAGCCCUUUCCGCGUUCCAUUCCAUGAAAUUCGAAUCAUUUCAGCCCAAUGUGGUCACAAUUGUGAGCAUCCUGCCUGCGGUGUCACAUUUAACAUACUUGAGAGAGGGCAUGAAUAUACAUGCCUACGUAAUCAAGAAUGGUUUUCAGUCCCAUAAGCUUGUAGGGAACAGUCUUAUCGAUAUGUAUGCCAAAUGUGGUCAACUUGACCUUUCGGAGCGUAUAUUUGAGGAGAUGAAGAACACUGACGGUGUUUCUUGGAAUGCUUUACUUACAGCAUAUUCUAUGCAUGGGGAAGGUGAUCGUGCUCUUUCUGUUUUCUCUCUAAUGGAAGAGAGAGACAUCGAAUUUGAUUCUAUAUCCUUCCUUAGUGUCUUGUCUGCCUGCAGACAUGCAGGUUUGGUUGAAGAAGGAAGGAAAAUAUUCCAGGGCAUGCGUGACAAAUAUCAGUUUGAACCAGACGUGGAACACUAUGCCUGUCUAGUAGACUUGUUAGGACGUGCUGGCUUGUUUAAUGAAAUUAUGGAUCUACUUAAGACAAUGCGUAUGAAACCAGAUGGCGGUGUUUGGGGAGCCUUGUUGGAUGCAUCUAAAAUGCAUUCUAAUAUCGAGAUAGCAGAGGUUGCUUUGAAGCAUCUUGUCAAACUUGAGGAAGGAAAUCCAGCUCAUUAUGUGGUAUUAUCAAGUUUAUAUUCUCAAUCUGGUAGGUGGAACGAUGCAGUUCAUACUAGAGUAAAGAUGAAUGAAAUUGGAUUGAGAAAAAAUCCAGGCUAUAGUUGGGUUGAGGUGAAGUAGGGCACAUGGAUUUUGUGUAGGUGCAAUAGAAAUAGCCAUUGAUAUUAUUCUUUGUUGACCUGGUCUGGGGGUGGCAAUCCAACUGGUGAAGAAUCUCCGUGAUUUUGCAUUCAAGGGUGUGAACUAGUGGUUAAUGAAGUGGGUUGAGAAUCAUUAGGUCUCAGGUUCAAUACCUAACAUUGUCAAAAACAUUAGGUGAUUUCUUUCAUCUGUCCAAGCCUUGGAGGACAGAGUUACUCGGUACAUGUGCUGGUAGGAGGUAGCAAGUGGCCCAAGGAAUUAGUCCAGAUGGGCGCAAAGCUGGCUCGGACACCAGGUUAUCAAAAAAUAAAAAAAAAUAAAAAAAAAAAAAAAAAUCUCCAUGAUUAUGCAGCCGCUUACAUCUUCGAGGUUGAAUCUCCUAUAUCUGCAAAAUAUGGCCAGCUUCAAGCUCCACACAUAAAUUCUUGGAUCUAUAACUGAUCAUAAGGCCCCUUCAGUUUCGGGAAACAGAACAUGCUUCACAAAAAUAUUACUUCCUCCUACCCAUUUUAUGCGAUUUGUUUGACUGGGCAUGAAGGUUAAGAAACCACUGAAGACAUUUGAAACUUGGGGUCUAAAACAAGUCACAUCUAUUUGUGUAGCGUUAAAUCAUCUGGCUAAAUGUGAAAUGGAAGUUGAAGGUUAAUUUGUUUCUAAUACAAAAUGUUUCAUUCUUUUUGGGACAAAUUCAAAAGGAAAGUGCAUCACAUGAAUUGGGACGAUGGGAGUAUAUUCUUAGAUGAAAAUUUAGAAGGUGAAACAGGUCUUAUAUCUCUUCCUGAAGUAGGAGCUAGAGCUACAACUAAUAUUUAAUCUCGUCGGACCUUAGUGUUGUAAUGUUGGAAGGGAUCAACACGUGGUUUACUCGCCAAAAAAUGACCAGGAGCAAGACGAAAUCUGCAAUGGUGACUAUACAGCAUCUCGAUUUGUAUGUUGUUGGGUUCUGCAACUUCAUGAAAAUGGUGGCAAGCGCGGGGAGAUUCUUUUGGAGGAUAUGGAAACAAUAGAGAAAAUGACAGUUGCACAGCUCAGAGUAAAACUUAGGAGUCUUGGGAUUCCUUCCAAGAGGUGCUAAGUAAGAGCUUGUUGCUUCUUUGAAGACUUUCCUCGACAGCAAAAUUAACGAUGCAGGCAAUGGAUCUGUGGCACAGGAGGAUCAAGUAUCAUCUGAGGAGAGUGUAGGAGUAGCAGAUAACACUUCAAAAAAGAAGUCUAGAAAAGUGUCAAGUAAGAAUCGUGACCAAAGCGACGUCGUUGCAUCAGAGGUUGCUAGGCAGACGAAAAAAAACGAGUGAAAAAAGGCCACACCAAGGAUACCUGUGUUGACAUUAUUGUCAAAAAAGCUGAAAUUACCGAAGAACUUUUGAUUGAAUCUAAUGACAUCAAAGG